AUGAAAUUCUCAUUAUAUUUAAUUUCUUUGGCCCUAUUGGGCUCAAGUUUUAAUGCGGUUCAUGGUUUUAUGGGCGGUUCAAAAUUGUGUUCCAUGGGCAAACAAGAAUUCUGUCCACCACCAGAACCACCAGUUGAUCCCACUACAACCUCUACACUAAUACCCACUGAUCCUACAACAUUAACUCCAACAUUGCCGCCAACACCGCCCAUACCCACAACUACAAACACGGGAGAACCCACUACUGCAACAACUGGCACAUCACCCACUACGGAUAUAACUGAAACACCACCCUCAACUGAAUCACCACCUACCACUUCAUCACCUCCUGCCGGAGAAGAGCCUGCUCCACCUGCUGGUGGCAGAUCCCUAGAUGUCUCUGAUGAUGACGAUGAUGAUGUCGAUAUUGAAGAACAAGCUGAUGAAAGUGAUAUUGAAGCUGAGGGAGCCCGUGCUAGACGUGUUAGACAUCGCCGCAAUCGUCGUCUACGCCGUACACGCAGACGCAAGGUGAAUCGCUCCAACAAAAAUCGUAAGGCUCGCAGAAAUCGUAAAAUCCAACGCCGCAAUCGUAAAAUCCGUAACCAACGCAACCGUAGAGCUCGCCGCAAUCGCAAAGCACGCAAGAAUCGUCGCCGAGGAAUUCGCCGUGUUGUACGCCGUCGUGGCCGCAAAACAAGCGGUUAA